AUGGAAAGUUCUAGCCAAAAUACAGAAACAACUGGAAAGGAUCAACAGAAAAUCCUGAAUCUCUCAGAUCCACCAACAGUAGGCGGAAGCUCAAGUACGGAAUCUGUGGAACGAGCUACCAAGUUGGCCGAAGAAUAUGAGACAGGCAAUGAUGACAAUAUUAGCGGAGUUUCUCAGGAGUUUGUAGCGCAUGCCAGUGAGACUGGUCAGCUUCAAAGUCUAGAAAACGAACAAAGUCAUUCUAUCCAAGAAACUCCAGUAGAGCCGCAGCUCCAACAGCAACUAAAAUCUAGCAAAAACCGACAGAAACAAACAAAUGAACAACGUCAUGAACAUAAUGAGCAACAUCGCCAACAUCAGCAACAGAUUUCACAACAGCAACAGAUUUCACAACAGCAACAGAUUUCACAACAGCAACAGCUUUCACAACAGCAACAGCUUUCACAGCAACAACAACAGCAACAGCUUUCACAGCAACAACAACAGCAACAGCAACAGCAACAACAACAACAACAGCAACAGCAUCAUCAACAACAACAUAUACAACAGCAACAGCUUCCACAACAGCUCAAUAGGAAUGAUGUUUCUUCAUUCAUUAAUAUACCCAGCUACUUGUACCCCAAUGCCAAUGUUUCGUUGGGCUACACUAAUAACAGCAAUAACAGCAGCAAUUCAGUAUCGUCUAAUAGUAACAACUACUAUGUGACAUCGAGAUCAAACUCAAUAGAUCCGCACAAUUUUCAGAAUGGAAAUUCCAUUUCUAUUGCUUCUGCUGCUACAAAUGCUGCUGAGCAAGAGGCGCAAUCGUUCCAGUUCAGACCGGGAAGACCCAAAAAGAACGACGAAAUUGACAUUAAGAAAUUCAACUCCAAAACUGUAGCUAACACGUCGCAUACAAGACCCUUUGCCUGUACUUUCACAGGGUGUUCUUGGUCUUUUGCCAGAAUGUCUGAUUUGAGAAGACAUACCAAAUCACAUUCCGAGCCAUUAUUCCAUUGCCCGUAUUGGCGUAAUGAUCCUACUUGCCAUAGAAAUGGAGGUGCUUUCAAUAGGCUAGAUGUAUUGAAAAGACAUCUCCGUCUUGUUCAUUACGUUAAGGACAAGAAGCAGUUUACCCAGGAUUCAUCAAGAGACGAUCCAGGCUGGUGUAGAGCCUGCCAGCUUAUGUUUCCCAAUUCCAGGAUAUUCGUUGAACAUUGCUUGGAGUGCUCGCAACAGCUAGUUCCAACAGAGUGGAAGAGUAGCUCAGGAAGCAGCAGCACUUCGAGCUAUUCUAGACAAAAGAAUCCUGCUGUAUUCCAACCUAAUCCCUUUAUUCCCUUGCCACUUCCUCAACAACAGCAAAAUCAACAACAACAUCAGCAGCCUGAUUACACUGACAACUCACAAGCUAAUCACUUGUACGAGCUCUCAAGACUAAGCACAGAAGAAAAAGUAGUGGCUGAAGCUUACUUCUUGAAUGCAGACAGCGGUCAUGAUAACAUCGACGAGGAAACGGGCAAAAGAGUAAUUGGAUACCCGUCUAUUCAAGACAAAAAGAGACUUAAAUCUGAUGGUAUAUAG